AUGAACUGCCUUGCUUCACUGUCCUUCUCGCAACCGGAACGCUGCACACCUGGACUAUUUUCAAAUGCACCUUCGCUUUGCCCGCUUUCAACUUUUUUCUCUCAUCAGUUUGGAUCCAAGUUUGCUCAAGACCAAUUGAGUUCCGAACACGAAUUCGAUCAUCAGGCGCAUCUGUACCAUCAUCAACACCAUCUUCAACUUCAUAUCCGCCAGCAAUAUCAACAUCACCAACACCAAUAUGAGCACCACAAUAGACAUCAUAUACAACUACAUCCUCCGCUCACUUCGAAUGAACUUUUUCUUACUCACCAUGCCUCGGAUGCCUCAGGACACAACAACCAAUUUGUCGGCCUACAUCGAAUUGGCUUGCCUAUGCAAAGCCCUAUCCGCCGUGCACCCCGGAAAAAAACAUCUCGGAGCAGUCUGUCAGAUUUGGCUGACUUCAAACCUGGGCUAACCAGCUUAACCGAUGAGCAGGUCUAUAAAGGAGUGCGGGGUCAUGACCCCUGUCGACUUGAAGACCUUCCGACAGAGGUUCUAUUGCGCAUCUUUGAUCAUCUUGAUGACAUGACGCUCUGGUGUUUGCGGUUAGCCUCAGUUCGUUGUCGCCUGGUCAUCGAUAACCGAGUCUCUGAAAUGCGUUGGGCUGACUUUGUCCAUCUUCGAUGGCCAUUAUUCACGCCGCGGCACAAGAUUGCUUCCUGGCGCUUGGUUUAUUUGAACCUAAUGGAGAGCGUCACUUGUCGAUUUUGCCUAGAACGCCUCCGGCAUCCGGCUAUCUUCAGGCUGGUCGAGUCUUCAAGUAUCCGACGUCGCCGGAUUAUCUCCGAGAUCGAGAGUCUUUGUGCUGACCCCCCAUACGGUAUAAAAGCUCUUGCUUUGGAUACAGAAACGUACUCUCACUGCUUAGCUGGUAUAUCAGGCCCCUCGGCUUCGCCAUAUGAGGGUGGUAUUUUCUAUGUGCACGUUCUAAUCCCAGAUAGUCAUCCGAUGAGGCCACCAGUCAUCCGGUUUCUCACUCGCGUACUUCACCCUAACAUCAGUUUUCAUGGUGACGUUGGGCUUGAUUGCAUCCGGCACAACUGGAGCCUAACCUUGACUCUAGAAAAACUGUUAAUAAGCAUUCAGUCUCUUCUCACUGAUCCCUACACACACGUAUGCAUGGAGCCAGUUAUCGGGACACUGUACACAGAGAAUCGGGACAAGUUUGAGGAACUGGCACGCCUGUGGACUUGGAAGUUCGCUUGCCACGAUUAUCUUUCGGCAGAUUUUGUUGAUGAGUUGAAGCUACCAGAUUACAUUGGUGAAAUGCAGGCAACAUUAGAGCGAGCCAACGUGGUGGCCUCUGCUGCUUUGGUAGCUAAUGAAAAAGAUGAAGCAGCGCCUGUCCUCGGGACGGAAAAGUAA